AAAAAAAAAGAGUUUUAUUGGGAAUGACUGGUAAGUUAGAGAGAGAGCAAGAGCCUAGCUAGCAAGAGAGAGAGAGAGAUGGGGUUGAUCAAUCAGACAGCAGCUGCUUAAAACCCAAGAAAACCCAAAGAAACAUAAAAAUAAAAAAGAUAUCCCUCCAAACCCCCCACCCUUCCCCACCAAAUGGACUUAUCAAAUUUCCAAAGCACCAACAACAACAAGAAGCAGCAGCAGCAGCAGCAGCAACAGAGCAACACUAGUAACAACAACACAAGUCAUCACCAGCUCCACCAGCACCUUCUUCAUCCUCAUCCUCAUCAUCAUCAUCAACAGCAACCAAAACAGCAACAGUCCUCACCUUCUUCCCAGUUUGUGGUCCCCUUUGAUGGCAGCAGAUCUUCUUCUGGAGCAGGAGGAGGAGGAGGAGGAGGGGGCCCCCCUUUCAUGGGCUCCAUCUCAAUUCAAGCUGGCCUCACCUCUACUCAUACACCGACAACAACUUCUGCUACUGUUUCUGCACAACCACCAGCUCCUUCCUCCUCUUCUUUGUCUUCUUCCUCCUCCUCCUCUCCCUCCUCCACCUCCACCUCCACCGCUCCUCCUCCCCACUUGGUCGACGCCUCCCUCGCCAUCGCCACCAGAUCCGACUCCCACCCCUCAACCCGACCAGCCCCGCUCCUCGACUCCGCCAAGAAAAACCAAAUUCAUCAGCAGCAAUUGACAAUUUCACCCACCAGUACUACUACUGCGACACCACCAGCACCACCAGCCGCAGCAGCAGCAACCCAAGUAGUGAAACGAUCCACCAAGGAUCGGCACACGAAAGUCGAAGGCCGAGGCCGCCGCAUACGAAUGCCGGCCACCUGCGCCGCCAGAGUCUUCCAGUUGACGAGAGAAUUGAGCCACAAGUCCGACGGCGAGACAAUCGAGUGGCUCCUCCAGCAAGCCGAGCCUGCGAUCAUCGCCGCCACCGGAACGGGGACCAUCCCGGCCAAUUUCUCCAGUUUGAACAUAUCCCUGCGUAGCAGCGGAUCAACGCUCUCCGCUCCGCCUUCCAAGUCCGCCUCUCAUUCCUUUCCCGGCGCCUUGGCUCUUGCCCAUCACCCUCACUACGACGAGGGUUUUCCCCAUUCGGGUUUGUUGGGGUUUCAUCAACAGCAGCAUCAUCACCAUCAUCAUCAGCAGCAUCAGUCUCCUCUUAUGACCGCGGAUCAAAUUGCAGAAGCGCUUCCAAGCGGCGGCGGAGACAGCGGCGGUGGAGACUCUACCGACAGUUAUAUGAGAAAGCGCUUCAGAGAAGAUCUGUUCAAGGAUGAUAAUCAAGGGCGAGGCGAAGGCGGCGGAGGCAGCAGCGGAGGAGGAGGGUCGCCGUCUGGGAAUAAGGCUUUUAAGAGCAGCGGAGGCUUACAAUUGCAAAAACAACAACAGGGGUCGGAGGGGGAGGCAGGACCUUCAGGGCUGCUGAGGCCAACUUCGAAUAUCCUGCCACCCACUGCCAUGUGGGCAGUGGCACCCGCCCCGAACAGCGGUGCUGCUGGCAGCACAUUCUGGAUGCUGCCAGUAACCGCUGGUGCUGGUGGGCCCUCAAUGCCCACCGGGACGUCCGGCGCUGGUCCUUCCGAGGCUGCACAGAUGUGGACGUUUCCGUCCGCACCUGCCAGUCACGGGAGUACAUUGCAAGCGCCAUUGCAUUUCAUGCCGAGGUUUAACCUUCCAAGCAGUCUUGAAUUCCAGCAAGCCGGCAGCCGAGGGAGCCCUCUCCAAUUGGGUUCCAUGCUAAUGCAGCAACAGCCAUCACAGCAUCUUGGGCUUGGAGUCGCCGACUCGAAUUUAGGCAUGUUGGCUGCUCUGAAUGCUUCUUACUCUAGAGGUGGUUUGAAUAUGAAUUCUGAGCACCACCAGCAGAAUCAUCCAUUGGAUCAUCAUCAUCAACAACAACAACACCAGCCUCAAACUACUGAUAGUGGAGAUGAGGCCCCAAAUAGUUCUCAAUGACAUAAAUAUUGAUUUGGAAGUUGAAUUUGAGAUGAUGGGUUGAGAGUGCUUGAAAAUUUCCAUGGGAUAUGGUCAUGUCAUCUGAUGAAAAAGAUAGGUUUCCUAGUUCUCAUUUGUAGCAUUGUUCAGUUUGAAUUUCUUCAAUUUAUUUUCUAGAUUGGUGUGGAGAAAAACCCCAAGAUUAGUAUGUAAUUUGUUAGUGAAUUUGGUCCAAAGGGACUCAAAGGGAACAGGCAGAGUGAAAUUGUAUAGGAGGAUAUUUGUGUUGAGUGUUUUUUUUUAUAUAAAAUAUUUGUUUUGUUUGUA